AUAAUAUUAUCAGUUUGUGUCAAACAUCGUUUCGUGUUGCACGUAUGCCUUGUAUUUUUCGAAUUCGCGCUGAUCUUCACGAUCGUGCAUUGUAAAUAUAUUUACUACAAUUACAGCGUUGAAAAUAUUUUUUGAUAGUACCAAGUGUAUCCCGGUUUAAGUGCAAUGAAUUGUGAUAAUAGUGUCCUCUUCAAUCACCAUAGUUCGAACAAUUGAAAACAAUCGUAUUGUGUACAAGUGCUUAAUUUGAAAAGAUGUAUAUCAUAGCUUUGUUGGCGUGCGUGUGUGCGUGCAACGCGUUGCGUGUGGGCGUUGGCAUCGCUGACGUGACAGGACCGCCGGCAGAAAUUAAUUUUAUGGGCUAUGCUAACUUUGAGCAAGUGGGCCACGGUAUACAUCUGCGUCAGUUCGCGCGCGCUUUCGUGUUUGAAGACGAAGCGAGCGGACAUCGCUUCGUGUUCGUAUCUGUAGAUGCUGCUAUGAUGGGACACGGUUGUAGGAAUGAGGUGAUAAAACGCUUGCAAAAGCGUUAUGGUGACAUGUAUUCAGAACAGAAUGUGAUCAUUAGCGGGACACACACACAUUCCACCCCUGGAGGGUUUCUAUUGGACUUCCUUUUUGACCUGCCCAUCCUGGGAUUCGUGAAGGAGACCUAUGUUGCUUAUAUUACUGGAAUUUUAAAGAGUAUAAUAAUAGCCCACAACAAGCUCACACCAGCUCGGAUGGAGUAUGGAGAAGCAGAAUUACUCGGUGCCAACAUAAACAGAUCUCCCACAUCCUAUCUACGGAACCCCCCUGAGGAACGCGCUAAGUACGAAUACGACGUGGACAAAACCUUGGCCCAGGUGCGUUUCAUCACACCGGACAACCAGAUCCUGGGCGUCAUCAACUGGUUCGCGGUGCACCCCACCAGCAUGAACAACACCAAUAGGCUAAUCUCAUCGGAUAAUGUUGGCUACGCGUCCAUACUGAUGGAGAAGGCGCUGAACGGAAACGAAACUCUACCUGGAAAGGGCCGCAUAGUGUGCGCAUUCGCGUCUACAAAUCUCGGCGAUGUGUCCCCCAAUACCAGGGGCCCCCGGUGCGAGUUCUCCGGUGACGUGUGCGAUCAGGAGUCACUAUUGUGCAAGGGGGCCAAGGAACGGUGCUUUGCGUCUGGCCCCGGGAGGGAUAUGUUCGAGAGCACCAAGAUUAUAGCCACCAAGAUGUUCCAGACUGCUAUGAAAGUUCUAAAACAGCCCGGAAUCGACCUCACUGGCCCCGUCGGCGUCGUCCAUCAGUUUGUGGAUAUGCCCAAGGAAGAGGUGGCCCCGUACGAUCCUGUUACUCAAACAUUUGAUACAAGCGCCAACGUGUCGGGCUGCGUGCCAGCGAUGGGCUACAGCUUCGCGGCGGGCACGACGGACGGGCCGGGCGCGUUCGACUUCCGGCAGGGCACCACCUCGCCCAACGCGCUGUGGAACGCCGUGCGGGACUUCCUGGCGCAGCCCACGCCGGGGGACGUCGCUUGUCACGCGCCCAAGCCGAUCCUGCUGGCUACGGGCCGGAUGAAGUUCCCAUACGAAUGGCAGCCGCACAUAGUGUCGUGUUCAGUGGCUCGCAUCGGGGGCCUGUUCCUCGCAGCUGUUCCCGGAGAGUUCACGACCAUGUCCGGGAGACGCUUGCGCCGUGUCGUUGGAAACGCUUCCGGGGCCAAGAAGGUCGUUCUUGCCGGACUGUCCAAUAUAUAUUCUGAUUAUAUCGCCACGCCGGAAGAGUAUCAGGCGCAGCGCUAUGAGGCCGCUUCUACAAUCUUCGGGCCGCACACCUUGGACAUCUAUCUGAAUAAAUAUGUCGAGUUGACAAAUGCACUCGUUAAAGGCGAGAGAGUGGACAGCGGGCCGCAGCCGCCGGACUUCAGCAACCAGCUGAUCACGCUGGUGCCGCCCGUGCUGUGGGACGCGGCGCCGUGGCGGCGCGAGUUCGGCGACUGCGUGCGCCAGCCGCUGCCCGCCUACAGCUGGGGGGACGUCGCCUCCGCUACCUUUGUAUCCGGGCACCCUCGUAACAGUAUCCGGCAUGGCCGCUGGUACGCCAGCGUGGAGCGGCUGCAGUCGGAGGAAGAUGACGCUUGGGUCGUCAUAGCAACGGACGCUGAUUGGGAGACCAAAUUCACAUGGAUACGUAACUCUAAAGUUCUAGGCACCAGCGAAGCCCUAAUAGAAUGGGAAAUCCCCGAAGGCACCCCCCCUGGGACCUACCGUAUACAUCAUUAUGGCAACUAUAAAUAUAUUCUUGGGGGUAUCUACCCGUACCAUGGAUUCUCAAACUCCUUUGAGGUUACAUAAUAAAUAAAAUGUUCUUAAAUCAAAUUUUGCAAUGAUAACCCAGUGUGGUGAAUCUUUAUUGUAAUUAAGUCUGUAACAGAGAUGGCAAUACGGUGUGAGUGAGUUAGCAUGCUUUGGUUGAUUCGUUUGUCUUAGUAUGUAGGUUUCGGAGGUGUUUUACGGUUGGUGGUUUCAGGGCCGUGGCAAUAUUAUGUAUUAAAUAGAAAUUGUUGAAAAGGGUCCAUGGUUAUUCAAACCAUAAAAAGUCCAUUAAACAUACAAAAAUGCAAUUUAAAUGGGCAUAAUUUUAUUAUUUACAAAUAAUUUGUGAAG